ACAAACAAGAGGCACAAAAUAUUAUGUGAGCCAGAAAAGCCCAACAACACACUGUCUCACUCUCACGCACCUCAAAACGACGCCGUCCCACUCUGCCAAACCAAAACCGCCUUCUCCCUCCAUUCAUUAUCGCAGCCCAAAACCAAACCAAAAAGGCACAGCCAGAAAUGAUAAAAACCAUAAAGCUCCUCGUAUUUAUUUGCAUUAAAUUAUUCAUAUUCCAUUCCGCAUCACUUUUUCAUUUCAAAUUCGAAAUCUGAGGAGAGAAGAAGCCAAAGUGUGAUUGGAAAAUAGUUAUGGCGGAGCAAAAGAACCGGUGGAGCUGGGACGUCGCCGGCUUCGACCCGUGGAAGUCGUCGCCGCCGUCUUCGUCGCCCUCGCCGCCGGUUGAGCACGGCGAUCGGAGACCUAGUGCGCCGUUGGUGCGGAGGUACUCCAUUUCGGCCUCGUCGGUUAUUCCACAACCUAAGCACUCUGUGUCCUCCAAGCUUCAGCGGUUGAAGGACAAAGUCAAGCUUGCUAGAGAAGACUAUUUGCAAUUAAGACAAGAAGCAAGUGAACUUCAAGAAUAUUCAAAUGCAAAACUUGAUCGAGUUACAAGAUAUCUUGGUGUUCUUGCAGAGAAAACCCGCAAGCUAGAUCAAAUUGCCCUUGAAACUGAAGCAAGAAUAUCUCCAGUGAUCAAUGAGAAAAGAAGAUUAUUCAACGAAUUAUUAACAUCUAAAGGAAACAUACGAGUAUUCUGUCGAACAAGGCCAUUAUUUGAAGAUGAAGGUCCUUCAGUUGUUGAAUUUCCAGAUGACCAUACCAUUCGUGUAAAUACUGGUGAUGAAUCCUUAUCUAAUGCCAAGAAAGAUUUUGAAUUUGACCGAGUUUAUGGACCUCAUGUUGGUCAAGCUGAGUUAUUCACUGAUGCUCAACCACUAGUGCAGUCAGCUUUGGAUGGAUAUAAUGUUUCCAUAUUUGCAUAUGGGCAAACUCACUCUGGGAAGACAUACACUAUGGAAGGAUCAAGCUAUGAUCGAGGUUUAUAUGCCCGUUGUUUUGAGGAGUUGUUUGAUUUAGCCAAUUUGGAUACAACCUCUACUUCUCAAUAUAAAUUCUGCGUCACAGUUUGUGAGCUAUAUAAUGAACAGACAAGGGAUCUACUUUUGGAGUCGGGGAAAAGUGCACCUAAACUCUGCUUGGGAUCACCUGAAUGCUUUGUAGAAUUGGUGCAGGAAAAAGUUGAUAACCCUCUUGAGUUUUCUGCUGUUUUAAAGACUGCAUUGCAGACUCGAGAAAAUGAUUUAUUAAAGAAUAAUGUAUCUCAUUUGAUUGUCACGAUACACAUAUUUUAUAACAAUUUGAUCACUGGUGAGAACUCAUAUAGUAAACUCUAUCUGGUUGACUUAGCUGGAAGUGAAGGUUUGAUAACAGAAGACGAUAGUGGUGAGCGUGUCACAGAUUUGCUCCAUGUUAUGAAGUCACUUUCUGCGUUGGGAGAUGUUUUGUCUUCUUUAACAUCUAAGAAGGAUAUUGUUCCUUACGAAAAUUCGUUGCUAACAAAACUGCUUGCAGAUUCACUUGGUGGGAGUUCAAAAACUUUGAUGAUUGUGAAUGUUUGUCCAAGUAUUUCAAAUUUAUCCGAGACAUUGUCAUCUCUCAAUUUCUCUUCCAGAGCUCGAAAUUCUAUAUUAAGCCUUGGAAACCGAGACACAAUUAAAAAGUGGAGAGAUGUUGCAAACGAUGCACGAAAGGAGCUAUAUGAGAAAGAAAAAGAAAUCCAUGAUCUAAAGCAAGAGGGUCUGGAACUCAAGAAAGCGCUAAAAGAUGCAAAUGAUCAAUGUGUUCUACUCUUCAAUGAAGUGCAGAAGGCAUGGAAAGUUUCUUCUGCAUUGCAGACUGAUUUAAAGUCGGAGCAUGUUUUGCUGUCAGAUAAACAUAAGAUAGAGAAAGAACAAAAUACUCAACUUAGAAAUCAAGUUGCUCAACUUUUACAGUUAGAGCAAGAUCAAAAAUUGCAGAUACAACAAGAAGAUUCAACCAUCCAAAGUUUACAGGCUAAAAUUAGAACCCUUGAAACUCAACUCAAUGAAGCUACUAAAUCUAGGGCCACAGAGCCAGAGUCUUCUGCCCUAUCCAAUUCCAGAGCAACUGGAGAUGGCACUGACUCUUCUGCAGUAACCAAAAAACUAGAAGAAGAACUCAAGAAACGUGAUGCUCUGAUUGAGAGGUUGCAUGAAGAAAAUGAGAAAUUGUUUGAUAGAUUAACUCAGAAAGCAUCUACAGCUGGAUCACCUAAGUUGUCCAGUCCAUUAUCUCGUGGAUCGGAUAAUGUUCAGCCUCGGGAAAUUGGAAGGAAUGGCACCAGCAAUAAUACAAGUUCUCGUUCUAUGGAUGUUCUUCCAUCACCUUUGGCCACUGAUAAAAAUGAUGGCACAGUUGCUCUAGUUAAAACUGGCUCUGAAAUAGUUAAGAGUACUCCUGCAGGUGAAUAUCUUACUGCUGCCCUGAAUGACUUCGAUCCAGAUCAAUAUGAAGGGAAUGCUGCCAUUUCUGAUGGUGCAAACAAGCUUUUGAUGCUGGUUCUGGCGGCUGUCAUCAAAGCUGGUGCCUCUAGAGAACAUGCGAUACUUGCUGAAAUUAGGGAUGCUGUUUUCUCUUUUAUUAGAAAGAUGGAACCAAAACGAGUAAUGGACACCAUGCUUGUUUCCCGUGUUAGAAUUCUGUACAUAAGAUCUUUGCUUGCAAGAUCUCCAGAGUUGCAAUCAAUUAAGGUUUUGCCAGUUGAGUCCUUUCUUGAGAAGGCUAAUACUGGGCGCAGUAGAAGUUCCAGCCGAGGGAGUAGUCCUGGUAGGUCUCCUGUGCUAUAUGUUGACGAGCAGAUCCAGGGAUUUAAAGUGAAUCUAAAGCCAGAAAAGAAAUCCAAAUUUUCAUCUGUGGUGUUGAAGAUACGUGGCAUUGAUGAGGAUAUCUGGAGACAGCAAGUAACUGGUGGAAAGCUUAGGGAAAUUACUGAGGACGCCAAAAGUUUUGCAAUUGGGAACAAAGCUCUUGCUGCACUCUUUGUACAUACUCCAGCGGGUGAGCUGCAGCGCCAAAUUAGAUCUUGGCUUGCUGAGAAUUUUGAGUUUCUAUCUAUAACUGGAGAUGAUGCGUUGGGGGGGUCAACUGGUCAGUUGGAACUUCUUUCAACUGCAAUUAUGGAUGGUUGGAUGGCUGGACUUGGUGCUGCUAUGCCUCUGCACACAGAUGCCCUUGGCCAACUAUUAUUUGAAUAUUCAAAACGUGUCUAUAGUUCUCAACUACAACACUUGAAGGAUAUUGCUGGGACCUUGGCAACAGAGGAGGCUGAAGAUGCAGCACAAGUAGCAAAGCUACGUUCAGCUCUAGAAUCGGUUGAUCAUAAAAGAAGAAAGAUUCUGCAACAAAUGAAAAGUGAUAUAGCUUUAUUGACACUAGAAAAUGGAGGUUCUCCUAUUCAAAAUCCUUCUACAGCAGCUGAAGAUGCACGAUUGGCAUCUCUUAUUUCGCUCGAUAACAUAUUAAAGCAAAUAAAGGAUACAACACGACUUUCUUCCGUGAACAUCUUGACCAAAAGUAAGAAAAGAACGAUGCUUGCUUCUCUUGAUGAACUAACAGAACAGAUGCCUUCACUUCUUGAUAUUGAUCAUCCGUGUGCUCAGAGGCACAUCGCAGAUGCUCGCUACAUGGUUGAGUCAAUUCCUGAAGAAGAUGAUCCCAUUCAAGAUAUAUCUCAUGGUCGGAAGCCAUCUACGGAUCUGGGUUCCGGAUCUGAAACUGAUGUGGCACAGUGGAAUGUACUUCAAUUCAAUACUGGCUCGUCCUCACCAUUUAUAAUAAAAUGUGGUGCAAACACCAAUUCAGAACUGGUCAUUAAAGCUGAUGCACGAGUUCAGGAACCUAAAGGUGGUGAAAUUGUAAGGGUUGCCCCUAGACCUUCUAUUUUAGAAAAUAUGAGCUUGGACGAAAUGAAACAAGUAUUUAGUGAACUACCUGAGGCUCUAAGCUUGCUUGCUCUAGCAAGGACUGCAGAUGGCACUCGGGCACGAUAUUCUAGAUUAUAUAGGACCUUGGCUACGAAGGUUCCAUCCCUUAAAGAUUUGGUGAGUGAGCUCGAAAAAGGGGGUGUGCUCAAAGAUGUGAGAACAUGACCUUUGAAGAGUUACAUGGUUCUUAACUUGUAUGUCCUGAGAUGCCUGUGCUAAACUCCUAACGCUCUUCGGGAGUUUGGUUAAGUGGUAUUGCAUUUCUGUCGGGCUUGCUUUAUUCUUGGGGAAGCAAACUCCCUGUAUGUACAAUGUAUUCGUCACUCUGCUUGCACGUUAUUAUGUUUGUAUGUAGUAAUUAUUUUAGUAUACUUUUUCCUGCAGUUUUGCUUCGGGUAGUUAAUGCAAGUAGCCUAAAACGCAGUUUGCCGGUUCAGUUCAAACAGGUGCACAAGUUGCAGCAUCCGAUUCGAUUGACGAAUCCGGUUUUAAAAUAUAAUAUUCAGUGUCUAGGCCCUGCCAUAUUGUCAAUGUAAUUAUUAAUUAAAUUCAAUUUUUGGCUGUAAAAAUAGGAGUAUUUGUUGCGGUUCAGUUUGGAUUUAUUUAGUCAGUUAUUUGAUCUGAUCAUAAAGAUCAAUUGUAAUUCAGUUUGGAGUGAAUUGAGUAUAAUAUCAAAUUUAACUUAAUACAUAAUUAAAA